UUCAACAGUCAAGUCUGUGAGCGUUAGCUGGCUCGACACCGCGGCAUUGGCAGCCCGGCGUACUGAGGUGGAGGAAUACUGAAAGCACCGCGUGAGAGUCCCGUUUAUCUCACGGCUUGUUCAGCUGUGUGAGCGGCGCACCGCCCGGCUGUUGUGACCAAGGCGAACCCGGAGCUGUCAUGCGAAUGUAGCUGUUAGCAAGCGAGUCGGGGCCGAGGAGAGCUGGCUGCUUGUGUCCUUCAACCAGACGGGAGCAUCAAUGUUCAACACGAGCCCGUUGACCGAGCUUGUCGACGCCGAGGAGGAGGAUGCGCAAGGACGUGCGGAUAUUAUUGGUGGGAGAGCCCAAAGUGGGGAAGACCUCUCUCAUCAUGUCGCUGGUCAGCGAGGAGUUCCCGAAAGUGGUUCCCUACCGCGCUGAGGAAAUCACCAUCCCUGCAGACGUCACACCAGAGAGGGUUCCCACACACAUCGUGGACUACUCGGAGGCAGAGCAGACCGAUGAGCAGUUGUUUCAGGAGAUCUCCAAGGCGAAUGUGAUUUGCAUCGUCUACUCUGUCAACAGCAAGACGUCCAUUGAAAAGGUGACGAGCCACUGGAUCCCCCUCAUUACUGAGAACACGGACAAGGACAGCAGGGUUCCUCUGAUUCUGGUGGGCAACAAGUCGGACCUGGUGGAACACAGCAGCAUGGAGACCAUCCUGCCCAUCAUGAACCGUUACAGUGAGAUAGAGACUUGCGUCGAGUGCUCAGCAAAGAACCUGAAGAACAUCUCGGAGCUGUUCUACUAUGCCCAAAAGGCGGUGCUGCACCCCACAGGUCCUCUUUACUGUCCAGAGAGAAGAGACAUGAAGUCCCUUUGUGUCAAAGCCCUGACUCGAAUCUUCAAAGUGUCUGACCUGGACAAUGAUGGGAUUCUCAACGAUAAUGAGCUCAAUUUCUUCCAGCGGACGUGCUUCAACACCCCACUAGAGUCUCAGGCGCUGGAGGACGUCAAAAAUGUGGUGAGGAAGAAUUUGAGCGACGGAGUGUGUGACAACGGACUCACUCUGACGGGCUUCCUGUUCCUCCACACCCUGUUCAUCCAGCGGGGUCGCCAUGAGACAACGUGGACGGUGCUGAGGAGGUUUGGGUACGACGAUGACCUGGAGUUAAAUCAGGACUACCUCUUCCCUCCGUUGAAGCUCCCUCCAGACUGCACCACAGAGCUCAACCACAACGCCUACCUCUUCCUCCAGAGCAUCUUUGACAAACAUGACAAGGACCGUGACUGUGCCUUGUCACCAGAAGAGACGAGGGACUUGUUUGAUGUGUUUCCCUACAUGCCCUGGGGUCCAGAUGUCAAUAAUACAGUUUGCACUAAUGACCAGGGCUGGAUCACCUACCAGGGAUAUCUCUCCCAGUGGACGUUAACAACAUAUCUGGAUGUCCAGCGAUGCCUGGAGUAUUUGGGUUACCUCGGUUACUCAAUAAUUGCAGAGCACGAGUCCCAAGCAUCAGGGAUCACAGUGACCAGAGAUAAGAAGAUUGACCUGCAGAAGAAGCAGACGCAGCGCAGCGUCUUCCGCUGUAAUGUCUUUGGAGACAUUGGCAGCGGCAAGAGCGGCUUCCUGCAAGCGUUCCUGGGUAGAAACCACAUGCGCCAAAAAACGAUCCGAGAGGAACACAGAUCCUACUACGCCAUCAGCACCACCUACGUUUACGGCCAGGAGAAAUACCUUCUUCUUCAUGAAGUGUUCCCUGACUUCGACUCCCUGUCUGAGGCCGAUCUGGCCUGUGACAUCGUCUGCCUGUUCUACGAUGUCAGCAACCCUUACUCCUUCGAGUACUGCGCCACGGUCUUCAAGCAAUACUUCAUGGACAGCAAGGUACCAUGCAUGAUGAUCGCGGCGAAGUCGGACCUGCCGGAGAUCAAACAGAUGUACGGCUGCAGUCCUCUGGAGUUCUGCAGGAGGCACAAGAUGCCACCUCCCCAGUCCUUCACCUGUAACACUGCAGCAGCGCCCAGCAGAGACAUCUACACCAAGCUGACCACUAUGGCCAUGUACCCCCACGCCCGGUUGCGCUGCAUGUGCACUUGUAACCGGUGCGCCUUCUGCUUGUGUCAGAACUUCCUCAACUCUGAGCUGCUGCAGACGGUCAGGGCCAAACUCUACGCUGUUGUACUCAGAAGGUCCUUCUUGCCUUUUUUCAACCGUCUCUCUGCAUCCCAUCAGCCUCAUGAUCGGUCGUCAUCGCCGCCUCAGCUUGUCGCGUUCAUUCCCCUCAUUUCUUUUAUUUUUUUGGAAAGCUCUCUCUUCAACUGCCUCCCUCUGUUUUACAGACACGUCAGACAAGCAGACCUGAAGAGCUCAACCUUCUGGUUGAGAGCGAGUGCCGGUGCCACGGUGUGUGCCAUGCUGGGCUUCGCCAUGUACAGGGUGCUGCUCAAGCCACGGUGAUUCUCCGGCCCCCGGGUCCAACCCUCUCGGCCCCAUGCUACAUACAGAGCUAAUUUGAUGGCAUUAGGACGUCAGUCAUUGUUGUGUUUUUGGUGGGAUGGAAAAAUGUGUCAAACCUCACCAUGGCACACAUUCCUCUUUUUUAUUUGGUGCAUGUUCUUUUGUCAAUUUAUUAUCAUGGGAAUAAAAAUAUAUAUAUUUAAUUUUGUACCCAAAUUGCUACUUUCCAUAAUUUGUUUGUUUUCAAAUGUCUGCAAAGUUAAAUAUCUAUAUUUAUAUAAUAAAUGAGUGUUAGCUGCUGAUGCGCUGUAGUGACUAAGAUGAUGGAGUUGCUUACGUACAUAGCGGAUAAAUGGAAGGACAAAUGGAAGCGGAUAAAUGGAAGGACUUGGUGUCAGCUGUGAGGUUUGCAAUAACCUUGGUGCUUUUAUUAGACUGAACUUUGUGUAAAUAGUAUAUUUGCUAGAGUAGACUCUCCAUUUGUUUGUCUUUGUUCAAAAGAGCCACGUCAACACACUGGAUGCAACGGUGUUAAUGGCUCAGUGGCCUGGUGAUGAACUCACACAUACGUUAGCGUUGAUAUUCACAAUCGAGUUUGCUUUUCAGGCCCAAAACACUUGGAUGCCCACUUUUUUGAAAUUAUUUUUUUAUUAACAUUUGUGCGUCUUAGGUCAAUGUUUGAUCAGUGGAUGUGAAUGUGUGGAAGAGUCUGCUGCUCUCUCUUGACCGUGGUCACUUUUUCCCCAACAUCAGCUCCUGUGUGUGUGACAUUGACAUUUGCAGCCACUCUGUUAUUUUUUUUCAUGUGCAUGCUUCUGACCUUUCUAUCUAUCACAUUCCAGCGUUUUAAAACUCGCUGUGCAAAAGAACCAGCAUGCCAACUUCUCUACAUUGCGGUCCACCUCCCCAUAAUCCCGGGGUUGUAUUCAUCAUGUUUAUUGACAGGAGUGCUGAAACCGACAACAGUCGAGUCACAGUUCGGUUCGACAGCCCUUCUGCCUCGACUGAUGGCAGAAGAUGCAAAAAUAUGGCCCUAGAUGUUAACGCCCAUGCAAUUGGUCCCGUUUGAUGUCAUCACUCUGCCCUGCCUUUCCAAAAGUUUACAAUAAACGAAUAUCUAUAUGA